AAACGCAUUAUUAACUCUUGUUUUAUUGCGUAAAUAAGGUUAUGUACAGAAAAAAUUAAUAUGAUUAAUAAUGAUGAAAUAAAAAGUGCUACAUUUUUAUUCAACUCUAAUCAAGGAUUUAAAACAAGUUUGCAUGAAUUAAACCAAUGCUCAAAAAAGUCAAGAAUUUUACAAGAUAAUCAACAGUUUAAUUCUAUAGUACUACAAAGUGUUAACCAGAGAUCUAUUAUUCUUAAAACAACUGAAAAAAAUAAAGCACUUUCACAUUGUGGGUGCUACCAUAAAUAUAUAAGUGCUUUGCCAAAUGUAAAGCAAAUGAAAAGGACUAAAGAAUGUCUUUUAAUGCUAAGAUAUAUAAUUCAAUUUAUAUCAUUAGUUAAUGCGCUUGAAAAAGAAGUUGGAGAUAAAACUACUAUUUUGGUAUCAUUUGAGCAAAAUACUUUAGUAAAUAAUGUACAUGAGAGUAUGUUUAAAGAGUUUUUAUCAAUGGCUGAAACAUUUUGUUUUUCAAUUGAUUGUUCAAUAGAAAAUUUGUUUAAGCUUGGUUCAUUCACACAGAUGAUAAAGUGUACUUUUAAUGACAAAAUUGCAUAUUUUCAAUAUAUUAAAAAAAUAGUUUCUUUCAAUACAGCUUCCUCUCUUGUAAUAAAAAUAAAAACUUUACUUCAAUCUGUAAGAUAUUUUUAUCACAAAUUUACAAUAGUUCAAAGUUAUUUGAUGAAAAAAAAUUUAGUUUGUUUACCAACUUCUGGAUUGAUUUAUCGGUUUAAUAUUUUAAUAUCAUUAUUAACAGAUUUUGCCAAUGAUUUACUCACUAACAAAAUAUUUUCUACUCAUUUAUUACAAAGCCAAACUAUUAUAUUUACCCCAUUGCAUUGCAAUAAGUAUAGUUUAACUGAAUAUGUGCAGGAUAUAGCUCAAGUGCGAGCUGAGGAUAUUAAAUAUUUACUUCUUAAUGAGCUGAUUUGCAUAUCAGAUAAAAUUCCUUCAGACAGUAGAAUAGUUCAGUGUUUAGACAACAAAUAUGAAACAUUUCUUAAUAGCAGAUUUUUAGAUGAUUCUUCGACAAAUGCAUUAAAACAAAUUUAUAAGAUCAUAAUGGCAGGAGAAAAGAAUUUUAUUAGUAUACUAUUUGAUGACAUAAAGUUAACAAACUCGCUUAUUUUAUCAGGAAAUUUUUUUUUAAAGAGCUUAGAUAAAGUUCAAAUUUCUAAAACUGUUCUUUGGGAUUCAGAUAUAGGUCCUAUUGAGAAAAAUAAAUUGGUGAGUAUUUACACAGAUGCAGUAUGGUUGCAACUUGAAAACUCUUUCCGAGAAUAUUAUUUGUUUUCUUGUAUAGAAAUGGAAAGUUUAACAAAGAGGUUGAAUGAAUAUAGUUGUUUACAGGAAGCAACAAAUAUUCUAAGAUUAUUCAAAAAAAUUGAAAAUGUUGCACCAUCAACUUACUUAAACUUUUUAAGAGAAGCAAUCCUUAGUAUGUUUGAUUUUCAUAAUUUACAGAUCUGGGAUUCUAAUAAUUGUAAAAGCAUGGUCAUUUUUACCAAAGAUAAUUUCAGAUACACUGAGAGUGUUCCUUCAAGUAAAACUCUAGUUAACCUUUUAUUAACUCAACAAAACAUUGAAUCAUAUUAUAAUAUUUUUAGUAUAAUUUCAAAUCGAGUUUCCUUAAGUUGGAUAGUUGAUAACUUUGUGUCACCAUGGUUAACAGUGUGCACAUUUAUAUAUCUAUGCUUUUAUUGUAAAAGACAGCAGUAUCUUAGUUCAGCAUCAUGGGGACCAUUUUUUGUUGUAUCAGUUAUAGAUAUAAAAUAUACAUUAUUGUGUUUUCAAAACAUGAACAAUAUCUUAAAUCAAUUAGCAAUAAGAGAUGAGAACUUUAGUUGCAUCCCUCUUUUGAAUCUUUCUUCAAUACUUGAGAGUUUAAAGUCAUUUGAAGAAGAAAGUUAUAAAAUGUUGAAUGAUUCUAUAAGUAGGCGAACAAAAACUGCUUUGGAACAGCAUAUGCCUCUUGGGAAAGUUUGGAAAAGGCGAGGAUCUUCUCUUCAAGCACAAGAACCCAAUAAUUAUAUUAAACUUGUUAUCGAAAUUGUUCUUGCUCCUGUCAUAGAAAACGUUUCUUGUUUGCCCCAAAAUAAAAAAAUUGAUGUUCUGUGCGGUUGUAUAACACAGUUUAUCAGGUCAUGGAUGGAUUACAUUUUGCUAAAAAAGAUAAAGUUUAGUUUUUUUGGAAGUCAGCAGCUGUUUGUCGAUUUUCAAUACUUUUCUCUUUGGUUUGGACAAGGUUGUAUGAAUUUAUUACAAGAAGAGAUAAAUGUUAUUCACUUGUUGCCUGCGUUUAAUAAAAUGAAAAAUGCUAUCUUGUUACUUUCGUGUCAACCUUCAAACUCAAAGAAAGUAGAAGAUUCAAAUAAAACACUUGUUCUAUCAAGCACCUCUACUUUAUCUCAAGUUUCAACAGAAACGUUUACUGGUAGUCAAUUUGAAGACUUAAUCUUAACCAUUGAUAUGCCAAAAAAAGAAAAUUGGCUGUCUCUUCGUGUCAAAGGCGGUUCUCCAAAAAGCGCAUUUUUAUGCAUCAAAAAGCAAGAGUAGAUGUUUUAUUUA